UGUGGUCGAAGAAAUUUGUGAUGAAUUAAUAAUUUUUAGAGCAACCCGUUGAUGGUGCUGUUUCUAAACGCCUGUUCCAAACUGUCGUAAAACGCUUGUCCUCUCUGACUCGCCGUAGUGGCUGCACUGUUGUUAAAGGUAUACUGAUCUGUUCUCACAGCUAAUACUUACAAUAUUAGUUUAUAAACACUUUUAAACUAUACAUUUGCGCGUUACUCUUAUUGAAUAUGAUUGUGUUCAUGUUUUGAGAGUCAUUCUUAAAGUUUGGUGCCAUUAAUUCCGUAGCGUUUAGUUUAUGAACCAGACUGAUGGCAUUAUUCUGUGGAACGGUGUGUGGUGUCAUUCUCGCUGGUGCUAUUUUAAUAUCAGUGUUUAUUUUGCGGUUAUUUGUGAUAUUACGGAAUGGAUCUGAAUAUAAACCAGGACAGAAAGGAUCUGUCUCAGUGCUGGUGGUGGCUGGAUCAGGAGGACACACAACAGAAAUCAUCCGCCUGAUGGGUAGUUUAUCACAGUCUUAUAACCCUCGACACUAUGUGAUCGCAGACACGGACAAAAUGAGUGAAGACAAGAUCCGAGCAUUUGAAGCUGAGAGGUUAAAAAGUGGUUCUGGCACUCAGUUCACUCUUCACCGGAUUCCUCGUAGUCGCGAGGUGCGUCAGUCCUGGAGUUCCUCUGUUCUGAGUUCUCUAAGGGCUCUGAUGUCCUCUGUCCCCUUGGUCUUCAGACUCCAGCCAGAUAUGGUGCUGUGUAAUGGGCCUGGUACGUGUGUCCCACUGUGUGGUGCUGGGUUGCUCCUGGGAAUCUUGGGCCUUAAAAGGGUCCUUAUAGUCUACGUGGAGAGCAUCUGUCGUGUGGAGACGCUGUCUCUAUCUGGGAAGAUCCUUUACUACUUGUCUGAUUAUUUUUUUGUGCAGUGGGUACCAUUGAAAGACAAAUACCCAAAGUCUGUCUACUUGGGAAAAUUGGUAUGAGGAGAACUCGAGAAGAAAAACAAGAGUUGUUCUGAGAAUUACAUAUAUUUUGAUAUUGUUCUUCACAGUGAAACUGUGAUGUGUUUCAUUCCUCUGGUUACUGAUGUGCUGAAUAAACAUCUGAAUGUUAAA